AUGAAACGCGAAUCGCCACCAGACGACCAAGGGUACCCUGCCGUUUUUGACCUCGAGGAUGAGUCGGAACAAGCGCGAUGGGAAAGGAAGGGGAGAGAACGUCCUGAAAAGUUCAAGACCACAACUCAAGAAGUUGGCUUCAUCUUUGCUGUGGUCAUGGCACAGCUCAUGUCCGAAUUCUUCGUCUCUGGUUUCAUUGUUCUUAUCCCAACACUGGCAAGAGAACUGAACAUUCCACCCGAGUCAACGACCUGGCCAGCAGGAGCUUUCUCGUUGGUUGUAUCAACAUUUUUGCUUCCUCUCGGACGAAUUGCGGAUAUGUACGGAGCCUACCCUGUCUACGUAGGUGGAAUCAUCUGGACUGUGAUCUGGUCAAUCAUCGCUGGAUUCUCAACCAACGAGAUCAUGUUGGACGUCUGCCGUGCAUUUCAAGGCUUCGGCCCAGCAGCAUUCUUGCCAGCGUCAAUGUCCUUGCUCGGAUCUAUAUAUCGGCCAGGUCCUAGGAAAAAUCUAGUCUUCUCCAUCUAUGGUGCAAUGGCUCCUCUAGGAUUCUUUGCGGGCAUCUUCUUCGCCGGCAUAUCGGCGCAGUACGCGAACUGGAGAUGGUACUUCUGGAUCGGCGCCAUCAUCAGCGCAUUCAGUGGCCUGGCUGGGUUCCUGACCAUUCCUUCAGACAUUGCAGAGAGACGAGCAAUGAACGUCAAGAUGGAUUGGCUAGGCACGUUCACCAUAUCUGUCGGCAUUAUCCUGGUCGUCUUCGCCCUGACCGGAAGCUCUGGAGCGCCUCAUGAAUGGGGAACAGACUAUAUCAUCGCAACCAUGGUCAUCGGUGUGGUCUUCCUGGGUCUGUCCGUAUACGUGGAGGGCUGGAUUGCUGAAGCGCCUCUACUUCCACCAGAGCUGUUCAAGAUCAAGUACAUGAAGCCUCUUGUGCUUGCAUUGUUGCUGACAUACGGCGGCUGCGGAAUUUACUUGUUAUACGCUACUCAAUACAUGACCGAGAUUCAAGGAGCAACACCGAUGCAGCUUGUCGCCUGGUGGUCUCCCGCAGCGGUCGGAGGUUGCAUCAUUGCAACAGUGGGAGGCUUUGUGUUGCACUUACUUCCAGGAACCAUACUUAUCAUUAUCGCCUCAGUCGCCUGGAUCGUCGCACCAUUACUCUUCGCCCUCGUUCCGGUAGGCGGUCAGAACUUUUGGCCAUGGGUGUUCCCAGCAAUGGUGUGCUGUACAAUUGGUAUCGAUAUUACAUUCAACGUCACAAACAUCUUCAUUACGACAAGUCUGCCAAAUCGCCAGCAGGGACUCGCGGGGGCCUUGAUCAACAGUUUGUUGCAAUUGGGUAUUGCAGUCGCUCUCGGGUUAGCAGAUAUCACUGUGGCUCAGACCGCAGACCAGGGAGUGGCACAGAAGUACAAGAAUGCGUUUUGGCUCGAGGUUGGAUUGGCUGGUGCGGCGCUGGUGAUAUUCGUCGGGUUCGUCAAGGUCGACAAGGCGAAGGCCCAAGCGACAGCAGACGAGAGAGUUGAGGUAAAGUCAUAA